CAAAUAAUAAAAUAUAAUAAAAUAUAAUAAUAUUAUAAUAAAGAGAGCGAAGAGGAUGUGGAUGAAGAGAGAGAGAGAGUGAGAGAGAAGAAAGGGCGUGGACCAUCAGCCAUUGGCUCCCCCUCUCCCCUUCUCCUGACGCUGCGUUUUCGACGCUUCUUUUCAAACCUAUACAUACACCUAUACAUACAGCAGUUGGAUCGGCGCGUAUGGUAAGUUAUAAGAUGGAGGAUGAGUACAUAAGAAAGCAUCACAAGCACCAGGUCAGAGAGAAUCAGUGCACAUCUUCGCUCGUUAAACACGUCAAAGCUCCUGUUCAUUUGGUUUGGUCUCUGGUGAGAAGUUUUGAUCAACCACAGAAGUACAAACCCUUUGUGAGCGAGUGUGUUGCGCAGGGUAACUUUGAGAUUGGGAGUGUUAGGGAAGUCAAUGUAAGAUCUGGACUUCCGGCAACUACUAGCACCGAGAGGUUGGAACUUUUGAAUGACGAAGAGCAUAUCUUUGGCAUGAAGAUUGUUGGUGGUGAUCACAGGCUCAAGAAUUACUCUUCAGUAAUUACUGUUCAUCCUGAGAUCGUAGAUGGUAGACCAGGCACAGUUGUGAUUGAAUCAUUUGUGGUGGAUGUACCUGAUGGAAACACGAAAGAUGAAACAUGCUACUUUGUUGAGGCCUUGAUAAAGUGCAAUUUAAAAUCGCUGGCUGAUGUCUCUGAGCGUUUGGCUGUGCAAGACCGAACUGAGCCCAUUGACAGAAUUUGAGAAACUUGUUUGAGGUUCUGAUUAGAAGUUCCAGUCGUUUUGGGUAAAUGAUGUUCUGUCUGAACUAUGUAAGGAAGCUCUCUUUGAUAUUUGGAAGUACAAAUGUGGUUCAAUGCUUCAAUUAUCUGGAGAUGGUAUUAAAUUGUUGCGUCAGCAAACUGUUUACUGGCUCAUUAUUAGGUGUCAUUCUGCUUCCACUUUGUAAACAAAUCUCUAUGUUUGUUUUAUUCACUAGACACUGGACCGGACUUGUGUUGUAAAUAUCUAUGCUUGAGAAAAUUUGACGAUUAUGUGUUCGAUUUUGUUGUUAA